AUGAAACUUGUCAAAAUUCCACCGAGAGAACCAACUUCCUCAAGUUUGUACACCAUUACUUUUGUACUCAAACAUCUGAACCAACUGCAUUGUUUUGAACAACAUUCAUCACCAUUCCAACACCAUGAAAAUGGUUUAAGGCAUUCCACACAUUUACCAGAGAAUGGCCCAGACAAUUUACAUACUGUAUUAUUACAGCAUGGAGCAAAUAUAUUAAGUAUCGAUUCAUUGCAUCCUGGAUUCGAGUCUCGUAUGCGGGAUCGUGGAUACGCAAUGCUGAGGAGUCCUAAACUAGAACGCCCAGUGUUUCCAGUACAAACUACUAACUGUUCAAAUGACAUUACAGAUGAUAGCGGCAUGAAUGCACCCAUGGCAAAUUUUAAAUGUAUAAAAUCUGGUGAAUGCCGUACAAUAGGACAAAAUUGUUCCAAAACUGUGUUUUCUCCAUGUUGUGAACAAUUAUAUUGUGGUCUAAAUACAUUAUUUACUGGUAAAUGUCAUCUAUGCCUUGCAGGUGGAUAUUUCUGUUGGACUAGUCAAGAAUGUUGUUCUGGAAAAUGUAGUUGGCUUAAAUGUACAGAUCCAAUAAAGGAUGUUGUUGAAAAGCUGACUGUACAAAGAGAUUGUUUGAGGGGUAUUUUUGUUGUUGUUGUUGUUGAUAUACGUUUAUGGAAUAAAUCGAAUACAUUAAAUGAAAUAAGACUCUUUGCAUUAAAAAAUAAUGACCAUUUUCAAAUUAUACUGUUUCAUAAUUUUAACGCUUUACGAUAA